AUGAGGAACCAACUGUCGUUCAUCGCCUUUGCGGCGGCACUCACUCCGCGCUCACUCGCUCAAUUUCCACCAGCACCUCAAGGGGUUACGCCCGGUCUGUGCGAGGAGACUGAAGGUGUGAAAUCCUAUGCUGGAUACAUCAAGCUUCCGCCAGGGACCCUCGAGGAUGUUGGCCAGGAGCAAGAUUUUGAGAUCAACACAUUCUUCUGGUUCUUCGAGGCCAAGGAGGAUCCAGAGAACGCACCACUCUCUAUAUGGAUGAACGGCGGUCCCGGCAGCUCUUCGAUGCCUGGACUCUUCAAUGAGAAUGGACCAUGCUACAUCAACUCGGACUCAAACUCGACGAGGCCCAGUGAAUGGUCUUGGAACGACAAAGUCAACAUGCUGUAUAUUGAUCAGCCAGUUCAAGUGGGCUUCUCAUAUGACUCACUGCGAAACGUGACCAGGAACCUACUCGGAAGCACCCAGACUCUGAACGCCUCAUCUCCAAUCCCAGCCCAGAAUGCCACUUUCCAGACUGGCACAUUGGCAAGCGGUGGAAGGAAUACUACGAGCUUUGGAAGUCGCAAUGCAGCUAUUGCUCUAUGGCACUUCUCUCAAGUCUGGUUCCAGGAGUUCCCGGGGUAUCACCCCAACGACGAUCGCAUCAGUAUUGCAACUCAGUCCUAUGGGGGCCGGUACGGGCCCGCCUUUGCCGCCUACUUUCAGGAACAGAACGAAAAGAUCGCGAACGGCACUUGGGAUGGGACCGAAGGCGAGAAAUACAUCUUGAACCUGGACACUCUCCUGAUCGUCAACGGGUGCAUUGACCGCCAAGUGCAGUGGCCCUCAUACCCGGAAAUGGCGUUCAACAACACGUAUGGCAUACAAACGGUCAACGAGACGGUAUAUCAGAGCAUGGUUGAUGCGUACUACGCGGAAGGAGGCUGCCGUGACAGGAUUGAUGUCUGCCGUGAAAUCUCUGCAGUCUAUGACCCAGAUAACAUUGGCAUCAACGCGACCGUGAACAGUGUCUGCCAAGACGCGGAAACAUACUGCACGGAGAAUGUUCGCGAUCCCUAUCUUGAUGUCUCGGGCCGCGAUUAUUACGACGUGACACAGAUCGACCCAACGCUGUUCCCGCCCCCCUUCACAGCCGGAUAUUUAAAUCAGCCCUACGUUCAAUCUGCACUCGGUGUUCCCUUAAACUGGACGGGUAGCUCGAGCGCGUCGUCUUCCGCCUUCCGCAGUAUCGGAGACUACCCCCGGCCAGGCUGGAUAGAAGAUAUCGCUUACCUCCUUCACAGCGGCAUCAAGGUCUCCCUUAUGUUCGGCGACCGCGACUUUGCGUGCAACUGGAUCGGCGGAGAGCAAGUGGCGCUGGCGAUUCCCUGGGCAGACCAAGAGAACUUUGCCAGUGCGGGCUACGAGCCUCUGCAGACUAAUGCUACUUACGAAGGCGGCCAGGUUCGGCAAUAUGGCAACUUGUCAUUCAUCCGAGUUUACCAGGCCGGACACGCCGUGCCGUCGUAUCAGCCGGAAUCCGCGUAUCAAAUCUUCAACCGCGCUCUCUUCAACAAGGACAUCGCGACAGGCCUUGUUGAUACCGCGACGAACCUGACUUAUGCCACCGAGGGGCCUUCCGAUACAUUUGGUAUCAAGAACGAGAUUCCGCCUCAGUACGAAGAUUUCUGUUAUGUUCUCGAUCCGAGCACCUGCAGCGACCAGCAGGUUGAAGCUCUGCGGAACGGAACGGGCAUCAUCAAAAAUUAUAUCAUGAUUGAGCCGGCUUCGCAGCAGGGAGUUGCAAUUGGAUUGAAAGCAAGGGACAUUCUCGAUGAAGCCUAG